GAAGGAGGCUGUCUAGGUUGGGACUUUGGAGAGUGAGGUGUAGUCAAAGCUGCUUCCAAAAGCGAGCGCUGCCAUCAGGACGAGUGUGUCUGACUUUGUGUGCAGAGGACGAGCCUGCAGCAGAAGGAGUUCAUACUUCCACCUUUGCAUCUCCACCCGGUGACCUACAAAUCUUACCCUCCUGGGAACUAUGAUGUCAGAGGAGCUCACUGAGGACCAGGCCAAGCUGAAGCAGAGCCUAGUCAAAGUUCUCCAGUGUGUGGCCGCUAUCUCAUCUGCAGCAGCUGUGGUUAAUCCCAUUUUUGGUGUAGCUGGUUCCCUGAUCCGAGUGGUGCUCCACCACAUCGAUGAUGAAGACAUCCGCACCCUGAAGCGUGAGUUUGGUUCUGUCAACAGGGCACUGGACCAACUCUCCUAUCAGAAUUACAACACACUGGUUCAGAUCAAGAAAGAAACGCUGGACGGCCAGUACUGUCAAGUGGAGGAGAACCUGAGAAACCAGUUCAGAAAGUUCAUGGAGAUGGUGGAAGCAAAGCCGGAGCAGCGUGUGCGCAAGAAAGACAACUUUAAGGAGAGCUACACCGAUGACUUAGGCGACCAGAACCUGCACACACUGUUUGAUGGCGUGGAUGGCAAACAAAAGCUCUUCAGCAAACCCAUCCUAAAGGUCUACCUGAUCCACUCUCACUACGACCGCCACAAGAUGGAGCAGUUGUGCAAACGCCUCACCUACCUGUUCUGCAUUGGGCUGAUCGCCCUCAUGGGCUACGCAGCAAUCAUUGGGGAUGAUGAGGAGGGUUUGAGCAAGGAGUGGGCUGAGAAGAUGGAGCGUGUGCAGGAGAGGAUGCAGGAUGCUCUUCGCAAGUGCAAAUGAAGAAGAGUGUUACUGCUUCUUGUUUGUAUUCAGGGCUGUGUCCACAUUCCCUCUGUCACACAGUCGUCUUUUCCUCUUUUUUUUUUUUUCCUGUCAACAUCAUAUGUGCAUCCUCAUGAAGACACUAAAUAAUCAGCGGCAUGUCUCCUUAUAGUGGAAAUAUGAUUUGUCCAAAUGUUGCUGAUGCACAUUCUGUUCAUGUUGAGCCAAGGUACCAAAA